ACAGUAACUUUUUUUUACCUCCUGAUUGUAGACCAGAUAUAAAAAUGAAAACGGAGGUAUCCACAGCAGCGAAUUUCAUCUCCAGAUUACUGAAAACAACUGGACUGCUAUCCGAGGAGCAACUUCAGCAUUUCAGCUAUUCCCUCGAAAAAUCUCUGGGAGAGCACUACAAACACCACUGGUUCCCUAACGCUCCCUGCCGGGGCUCAGCUUACAGAUGCAUCAGAAUCAACGAGAACCACAAGAUGGACCCAGUCAUCGGUGAAGCCGCCGGCACCAUCGGACUGACCAGAGAACAGCUCUUCACCCUUCUGCCCAGUGAGCUUACCAUGUGGGUGGAUCCAUACGAGGUGUCAUACCGGAUAGGGGAGGACGGCUCCAUCUGCGUUCUCUACGAAUCUGAGCCAUCGUCAUCGUCAACACAGCCUGAAACAGCCUCUAUCCAGAGCCAAGGGGACAGCAACAACAGAGCCAGUUCCGGCAGCUGCAAAGGUGAACUGAGAGUGGGGAUGGGGAGGUCCAAAAAGCCCAAGUCCUUCACCACGAUAAGGAUUUCCAGCAGCUAAAUGUUUACCUGCCCCAUCCACCUGGACACUUGGACAUAGGUCAGACACACAUAUUGGUUAGAAUAAUUGUUUAUUUCUUUCUUUUUUUAAAUAUUAAAAUAUGGUUUAGUACUCUGAUUAUCAACGUGUUCACCUUUAUGGAUACUACACUACUAUUUUGAGAUUAUUGACAGAAAAUUAAUUUUAGUGUAUGGUCUUGAUGUUGCUAAUUUAUAUACAGUAUAUUAAAACACACGGCAUUUGAAUGCUCAUA